GUUAUAGUUCCUGUUAAUUUACGACCGACUCUUUUGUUAGAUUUGCAUAGUGAACAUUUGGGAACUGUCCGUAUGAAAGCUGUUGCCAGACAGUAUUUCUGGUGGCCGAAAAUUAAUGAGGAAAUAGAAAAAAUUACUAAACAUUGUAAAAUGUGCCAAGAAAACGCGCCUAUGCCUGCAUCCCCGGACGUCGCAUCGUGGAAUUGGCCCUCGAGCCCGUGGAAGAGAUUACAUCUAGAUUUCGCCGGUCCAUUUUUAGGUUACUAUUUUUUGAUUGUCGUUGAUUCUUAUUCGAAAUGGUUAGAGGUCAUUCAAAUGAAAUCUAUCACCACGACAUCAACUGUUAAAGAACUUAGGAAGCUAUUUUCGACAUUCGGUACUCCCGAACACAUAGUAACAGAUAAUGGUACUCAAUAUACUAGUAGUGAGUUCUUCGAGUUUCUAUUCGCGAAUGAUAUUAAACAUACGCGUACAGCUCCAGCACACCCUGCGACCAACGGUAUGGCUGAACGAUAUGUAGGUUACUUUAAGAAACAAAUGAAGAAAAUGGCGGACGAUCGACGAUCGCUAGAAGAAAAAAUUUGUGGGUUUUUGUUGUCUUACAGAACAACACCACAUUCGGCGACUGGUGAAAGCCCGUGUUAUUUGCUGAUGCAUCGACAACUUCGUACAAGGUUUUCAAGUCUUAGACCUUCUUUGAGUUUUAGAAAGGAGUGUGAUGUAUAUGAUCGUAAUACGGUUUUCUCACCAUUGUUUAAAGUUGGUGACCCUGUUUAUGUAUUAAAUUUGAGAUCUGGUCCGCGCUGGUUACCUGGUAUCAUUAUUGAUGUAAAGCAACGUUCGUACGAUGUUCAAGUCUACCAGCAGGUUUGGAAAAGACACGAGGAUCAACUUCGCAAACGUUCUCUUGAAUUAAAGGAUAAAUCACCGGAAUUAUUAGAUACAACACUUACGUCAAAUACGUUGGGUCGUCAGUUUAAUUCUAACCCGGACGGACUGUUAAGAGGCAUACCAACUCGUCAAACUAAUAAAACUAAUAUCAAUACUGAUAUUAAUAAACCAAUCUUGUCUGAAGUUCAGAAUCCUCCAGAUCAACCAAUCGUUACAGAACGUCGAUAUCCAGAACGUAUAAGACGUGUUCCAGAUCGUUAUAAAUAAACUUUUCUUAGUAAUUAACGCUAUUUUCAAACUUUCAUAAAGAGAGAUAAUUGUUAUGUAUUGAUUGCAGAUCAUUACCGUACCUUUAAGAUUAAGGUAAGGCAAGUUGUAGUCGGGACUGAGGUAACUUUAGCCCGGCAGUUCGAUUUAUUCAAUCCUAGAAUAAAGACAUG